AGCCGUUAGAACCGUUGGAGGCAGGCGCGGCGCGGGGAGGAGAUAAACGUGUGAGGCGGCGUCCCGGGGCAGCUACUGCUGCCGGCCGGCUCCCGCCGCGCCUCCCUCAGGCGCUGCCUCGGCUGGCUCCCUCCCGCGCCGCCCCUCGUGUCAGCACCCCCUCCCGGCCCGCUGAGGUGCCCACCUCUCCCUGCACGCGGUAAAGGCACCCAAAGAUGGGCAGGGUGUGAAUAGUUUGCAGCUGUUGCGUUAGAAGCUGUUGUACCUUCAAGUGGGCAUGUGUGGCGGGAGUUUUCAGUUUCUUGUUCCUGAAGUAAAAGGAAGCUGCUACUUUGCUAAGGACCAGCUUAUACAGACCUAUCAUGGCAUCCAACAAAUUUGUUAUUAAGUGUGGUAACUUUGCUGUUUUGGUGGAUGUUCAUAUUUUGCCUCAAGGCUCCAGUAAAGACACCAGCUGGUUUUCAGAUCAUGAGAAAGAGGAGGUCUGCAUGCUGCUAGAAGAAGUUGUUGCUUCAAGGGUCAAACACUACUUGCAAGCGCCUAAACGUGGUCAAUGGAAAUCAAUGGAACAUGCAACAUCUGGUCCUUUGUUUCUUACAGCCAAGAGUCUUCACAUUACUGCCUACUUUAUGAAGAGAUGGGUUAAUCUCCGUUGUGCUGUAGGGAAACAUUAUCGUGAGCUACGUGUGUUUCCAGACAAAUUUAUAGUCUGUGUCAGUAAACUUGAAUCUAAUCCAGGUGCUUGGACAUGUGAAAAUGGUGUAUUGCAGAAAGAAGAACUUUCCAGUGGGACGUCUGAAUAUUUUACUGAGUCUGCUGAGAACAAGAAGCUUAAGAUUAGUCUAGAUGAGCAGAUAAAGCAAGACAUCUUGAAAGAAAUUGUGAAAAGGACAAAAACAAAGAAAAGUAGCACGAGCAAACCCCAGAUCAGCAAGGGCUCCAAGAAAGUGUGUCUUGGCUCAGUGGACUCGCAGAGAGGGAACAGAAAGAACGACUGUCAAACUUCUCUCAGUCCUCAAGCUGAAGCAAAAUGUAGGAGUACAGAACAGCUAAAGGAUGGCAUAAAUACAGCUGAGAGCAGCUUGGAGCUUCCUGGUUUAGAGCUGGAAAAUUAUGUUAAUCGGAGACAGCCAGAUGAUGUUAGCAGCCAGCAAAAAUCUCACUCUGUGGAGCGGUUGAAGUCAAGUCUUCUAAGCGAGAACCUUCUUUGUAGCUCUGAGUCAGCACUGCGAGGUCCAAAACAAAGUCAAAAAGUGACCAAAACACAGGCUCAACAAAAGAGCUGUAGUUCAGAAGAAAAGCUGGAGGAUUUCAAAAAAGUAUCCUCUGAAGGGACUGCUCUAAUUCCUGGCAGUUCAGAAAUGAGUAAGUGUGAUGAUGAUUAUUUAGGUCCAUUCCUGGAGGAGAAGACCCCACUGAAUUCCAAGCUGUCUUCUAAACAAGACGCGACAAAGACUCUGUCUGAUGAGGAGUCACUAACUUUGAGAAGAAACCUCUCCCGGCCUCUUUCUGUGAGGAACAAUAUAGUGCAGACAAGCCAAAAUGAACCAAGCGCAGCCACUGAAGAAUUGCCUGUAAUGCCAUCAUCUUAUUCAGAACUGCAGCCUGUGUCUUCGGAGAAGCUUAUCCAAAAAAGAAAAAAAGAAGUUGAAAGUGGUCUCAGGAAGUUAAAACUGCGAAGGCUUAAGAAGUCGUAAAGUGUGAAAUAUGACGGUGAUGGCAUGGGUGGAUGAAUUUGUGUCUGGAAAGCAUAUGCAAAAAGUAGGAAGCAAUUCAAAAUAAUAAGCAAUGAUAAAAAUACAAAGUCAAAAUUAGAUAAAACCUUUUAAAGAAAAUUUAGUUAACAAAGUAUCUUAGUUAUUUGGAACUGUAAUUGAAGAUAAUUCUUUUAAAUCUUUAGGAAUUAAGCAUAAAUAUUGUACAAACCAGUGUAGUAUUUAUAGAAAGAAAAAUCUCUUAUAAUAUUUACUAAGCAAAAUUUUAGAUCAACGUAUGUUUUAGUACUAUUAAAGUCGUAUCAGCUGGUGACAGCAAAAGUUAAAACCACUUUUGUGAUCUGUUAGCAGCUGCGGUUAUUCAGUGUUUCGCUUGUUGCUGAAUGCAUAGUUUAUUUUAGUAAAAAUUAAUCCUUUCUCUGUGUUAGGAAGUUUAUGGUUUAUUCACAUGAUCUUUAUAACAGUAAGGCGAAUUGAGGUUGUUUCAAAUAAAUCUUUAACCAGAAUUGAAUGUUGCUGAUAAUUUAAGGCUCACCUUUUCAGCGGGUGUUCAAAAUAACUAUAAAUUGCACUUGUGCAAGUUUUGAUAUGAAUGCAUGUUUCUAACCCGAGUUGCAGAUACAAGUGAUCGCGCGUUCAGGCUUUGGAAAAAUGAAGGUUGGUUUUAUAUGUGCAGUCACCUGGAUGUGCAAACAUUGCUGUUGGGAAAAGUUCAUACGCACACAUGCAUAUGCAUCUUCAUGCAUUCCCAUUUCAAAAUCAGGCUUUGUUUGUCCUUGCAAGGACAUCAUGCUGGUUUUCAGGUGUUAGCGAUACCAGAGUUAUUUGUUAUUUUACGAUAGAGGUAAUUAUUAAUUGUACAGUGCUUUUUAAUACUGCUUUUGUAACUUGUAUGCUAAUGCGCUCAGGAAAUGUAACUUUUUAUUUUAUGCUUAUCUUUUUAAAAUGUUUAAAAUAAAAUUAUAAGCAAUUUUCUUUCAUCACUCUCAAAA